AUGCGACCGAAUAUCAUUUUCGUAUUUACCGAUGACCAGGACUUACAUCUCGGGUCUUUGGAUUACAUGAGUUCCGUGAAGAAUGAGCUUGCUGCGAAGGGGACGACUUUCUCGAACCAUUUCGCAACUGUAUCGCAAUGCUGCCCUAGUAGAGCAUCACUGCUUCGAGGACAACAUGCUCAUAAUACCAACAAUACUUUUGUUUCCGCGCCGGGUGGCAAUUAUGCAAAGUGGCUCGCAUCCGGCGAGAAUAACGAUUAUCUGCCUAUGUGGCUCAGCAAGGCUGGAUAUCGCACUGAGUACAUUGGAAAGUUUCUGAACGGCUACAAUUCCGCUCUUUAUAUGAACCAGCCUAAGGGCUGGGAUAUUGCAGACAUCUUGGUCGACCCUUGGACUUAUCAAUACAAUACCCCUGUUUUUUCACAAAAUGGACGGAUUCCUAUUCUUUAUCGCGGCUAUCAUCAAACCGAUGUGAUUCGCGCAAAGACUAUGUCACGACUGGAAUAUCUCACUGACAAACAAGACAAACCCUUCUAUCUCACUAUUGCCCCCGUUUCACCGCAUGUUGAAAUUCGUGGCCUACCUGUGCCAUUGGCCAGACACGCCAAGGGCUUUCCAAAUGCCACUGCACCACAGGGAAGGAACUUCAAUCCUUCUGAUGCCCUUACUGCCCAGAAGCCAUCAUGGCUGAAAGAUCUUCCUCUCAUGAAAGAUACUGAUAUUUCACGCGCCAACGACCACUUCCGACACCGAAUUCGAGCCUUGCAAGGUGUUGAUGAAAUUGUGCAAGAUGUUGUUGACUUUCUGGAUAGGAAGAAGCUUCUCAAUAAUACGUAUAUUAUUUACUCUUCGGACAAUGGUUAUCAUCUGGGCCAGCACCGGGUAAAUGCUGGGAAGACGCUUCCAUAUAUUGAAGAUUCCAAUCUGCCUUUUAUCGUCCGAGGACCGAAUGUUCCUGCUGGCAAAUCGUCUCGUUUACCUGGAACACAUAUUGAUCUGGCGCCAACGUUUCUCGAUAUUGCUUGUCUGGAAAAAAAGCAGUAUCCUGUAUAUCUGGAUGGCCGUAGCCUUUUGAACAAUUGGCACUAUCCGACUCAGCCAACUGACGACUCCAACACAUGCGACAUUAUCAAUAUCGAGUUCUGGGGCAAGGGUGAAAUUGAAGCACGUGGCAAGAAUGGUAGUGACAAGAACAGUUACAAAACUUUGCGCGUCGUCAGCGAGAAGAACUCCUGGCUCUACUCCAAAUGGUGCACCGGCGACCGGGAAUUAUACAACACACAGGCAAGAUACCAGCUAUCAUUAGCGAAACGAGUGGCUGCUAAUCGAUGA